UCCUCAUCGUGCCUCCUUCUGCUCCACUCUCUCUCUCUCUCUCUCCAGACUCCCAUCCCACUUCUCUGUCGCAUUCAUAGAUACAUUUUAUAUAUGUGUAUAUAAUGUAGUGAUUGUUUGUGUGUGUAUGUGUGAGUUGAGUUUGGAAGUGUGAUUGAAACAGUGAAUCCAAUUCGAUUCGAGCCCUAGGAAUCGAAGAUGGGGUGUGCACAGUCGAAGAUUGACAAUGAAGAGUCGGUUUCGAGGUGCAAGGAUCGGAGGAACUUCAUGAAAGAGGCGGUUUCUGCUCGGAACGCUUUCGCCGCCGGCCACUCCGGCUACGCCGUGGCGUUGAAGAACACCGGCGCCGCCUUGAGUGACUACGCUCAGGGCGAAGCGGAUAACAACGACGAAGAUAACCACGGCGGAGCCGCUGUUUUGGAGCCGCCGCCUCCGAUGAUGGAAUCGGCUUUCCCUCCGCCGCCUCCGCCGCUUCCUUCCUUCUCUCCGGCGGCACCGCCGCUACAGCGGUCUGUGACGAUGCCGGAGAUGUCGGUAUCGGAAAUGAGUCGGAAGAUGAAGCACGUUGCUAUUGCUGAGGAGGAGGAGGGAAAUGGUGAUGUCAAUGUAGAUGGAGAUUUGCGGCGGCGAGAUCGGAGAAAUGUGGCGGCGGGGGCGGAGGCCGGUGGUGUUGAUACGCCGGUGACUCCGCAUUCUCCAAUGCGGACGCCGGAGCCACCGCCUCCGCCGCUGGAGUUGAAGGGGAUGGCUUGGGAUUACUUCUUCAUGGUCGAAAACAUGCAGGAACAAUCGCAGAGUGAAUCGGAGGACGUUGCGGAGCAAAAGGAUGAGAAUGAGGAGGGAGGGUUUGAUGAGAGAUUUGGUGGGGUGGACAAUGUGGGUGGGAAGAUUGGGGAUGAGGAGCCAAAGACGCCGGAGAAGGUGGUGUUGCAAGGGUUGGAGACGGAGGCGGAGGUGACGCCGGUUGGGAACGAGAAACAAUUUGUGCAUUCGAAUACCGCCCCAUCGGAUAUUUGGAGAGGGACUAAUAAUAAUAAGGUUGUUGGGUCUAGUGUGAAUUUAUUGAAGAUAUUAGGUGAGAUUGACGAUCAUUUCUUGAAGGCUUCGCAGGCUGCGCAAGAGGUCUCGAAAAUGCUUGAAGCAACUCGGUUGCAUUAUCACUCGAAUUUUGCGGAUAAUAGAGGACAUAUUGACCAUGCUGCAAGGGUCAUGCAAGUUAUUACAUGGAAUAGAUCAUUUAGAGGUGCACCUAAUGGUGAUGGUGUGAAGGAGGAUUUCGAUACAGAGGAAUACGAGACACAUGCCACUGUUUUGGAUAAGUUACUAGCAUGGGAGAAAAAGCUAUAUGAGGAAGUAAAGGCUGGUGAGCUUAUAAAGCUCGAGUAUCAAAGGAAGGUUGCCCGGCUGAACAAGUUGAAAAAACGUGAUGCUAGUCCCGAAUCGUUGGAGAAGACAAAGGCAGCUGUAACUCAUUUGCACACAAGAUAUAUAGUUGACAUGCAGUCUUUGGAUUCAACAGUUUCUGAAGUGAAUCACAUACGUGAUCAUCAGUUGUAUCCGAAACUUAUUGCUCUUGUUAAUGGGAUAACCAAGAUGUGGGAAUUAAUGUGCAUACAUCACGACAACCAGCUGAAGUUUGCUACAGACCUCAAAUCCCUAGAUGUCUCCGGAGCUCCCAAGGAAACCACAAAGCAUCAUCACGAACGUACUGUCCAGCUUUCGAAUGUCGUCCAGGAAUGGCAUUUGCAAUUCGAAAAGCUCGUGAUGAAUCAAAAGCACUACAUCCGAGCCCUAAACAGCUGGUUGAAGUUGAAUCUCAUACCCAUCGAAAGCAGCUUAAAAGAGAGAAUCUCAUCACCACCUAACAUCGAGACCCCCCCAAUCCAACUCCUCCUGCAUUCUUGGCACGAUCAUCUCGAGAAGCUUCCUGACGAGCUCGCCAAAAGUGCAAUUGCUUCCUUCACCGCUGUGAUCAAAACCAUCAUAGUUCAUCAGGAGGAGGAGAUGAAGCUAAAGGAGAAGUGCGCGGAGACCAGAAAAGAGUUGUUGCGUAAGAGCCAGGCGUUUGACAAGUAUAAGAAUAGAAGAGCUUCAAUGGAUGAAAAUGACCCUGAUCGAGGUGAAGGAACAAGGGAUCAUGUUUCGGAGAGAGAGUUUGUGGUGGAGAGCUUGAAGAAGAAGUUGGAAGAGGAAGAAGAAGUUCACAGGAAGCACUGUGUUCAGGUAAGGGAUAAAUCACUGGGGAGUCUCAAGAUUCGGUUGCCUGAGCUCUUCAGGGCCUUGUCGGACUAUUCUCAUACCUGUUUCGAUGCUUAUGAACGAUUGCGAUGGGUCACUCAAUCACAGAACCCAAAUGGUAAUGUUGUUUCAUGAGAAUCUAUGAUCUCUUUUUUUGUUUUUGUUUUUGUUUUCGUGUUUUUUUGGGUUAGAUCUGUUACCUGUGUCUCAAAUAUUUAUGUUAGUUUUUUUUUUUUUUUUUUUGUAAUGUAUGUAUGUAUGUAAGAUGAUGUUUUUCCUUUGUUUUGGUAAUGUCUGCAAUCUUCAUGUUCUUGUA